CCUGGAUUCCACUGUUUCUCGAAGGCUUCACGGUGUUCUACUGUACAUACCUGAGCAGCAAUUUUCUCCGAUUUGUUGUUCAGCUUUGACUGUCGUGCUUGAAACUGCGUCUGUGGUCUGCGCUUAUGGUUCGCAGCGUGUCGUCACCUCUCGGAGAAAACAAACAGCCUCCACACCAGGAACACCAAACCACCAACAACUGCGCGCCUUGCCAAGGAUCACACCUUGAAUCUCCGACCACCGGGUUUGAUGCCGUUAGCUCCUGCAACAGACCCAGCAGGUGGUUGUAUUUCGCCGACCAAGACCGGCACUGGUUCCCCAUCUUGAACCUCGCCAUUGGAAUAUUCACAGCUUUGGAUGCGUUUAUGCGGGUGGCUGGCACCGUCUGAGAAGAAGAGAAAGCUAACAGAUUUGAAAUGAAGCCCGAAAACCUCCUACCUUAGCACCGAGCAGCUGUUGUUCGUAAAGUAUCAAUCUCUGGUUCAUGGAAACCAGAUUCGCCGUUCCGAUGGGCAGGCAGAGACAUCUGACCAUGCAAUUGAUGAGAUUCCCGGAUUCGCAACAUCCUGGAAGAUUAGAUACACAUACAUCCCUCUUCAGACGGCAUCUGCACUUCAACCCGCCAACCGCCACCGCUUGGUCGGCCAUCGAGAUCAGACGGUGCCUUCAUUAACAAGCAUGCAUGCCGCUAAGGUACGGGCAUCAGCUGCAAAUUGCCAUUUCGUCCCUUUAUACUGGAUUCUGUCGAUGGUCUUCAUAUUCGAUAUCACCACCAUUUAUAUGAAAAUGGGCGGCAGUGACCUGCUGCCGCGGACCACACGCACAUCCUACUCAAGAGGAGCCAUGCCCUCCGCAAGCAACCAAUCCGCCGCCUUGCAGCCCGCCUUUCUGCGAGGAUGCCGGCCCGGAGUCCCGUUCCAAGCGAAAUCCUCACCGCAUCCGCACCGGGCCACCCAGGACCUCAACCAGCAGGAAUUGCCUUCCCCGCAAAACGCCCAGUUUCCGCAAAACCGCCGUUGAUGGUUUCCGAUUGCAUGCUCCGUCCCGUUACCCUGUUUCGUCGUGUUCUGUCUCCCUAACGAGUCUCAAACCCACAGCCGGUAAGUGGCUCGUUUGUUGCCGGCUUCACCAUCAUUAUGCCCCAUUGAUCAGCACUCGAUUGUGGAUGCCAGCAUACCAGUCUGAAAAAGAUACGAGAGGCCAUAGAUUAGAGGAGGAGAGCUCGUGGGGUUGGUGGCCGGCAACCAUCAUCGUCAAAAUUGGACCUCUGUGUUUGUUGUUUCAACACUAUUCUCGAAGUUUUGACUAAUGGGCAAGCCAAGACUCCCCACUUCUUUCGGCCAGGCGCUUGUUAUUAUCGGCUUGUCAUCGUUGGGCUUUCAUCAUAUUUGCGUUGGCUGGCUCUUCACCGACACCAUAUUUGUUUCUUCAUGAUUGAGUUGUAAGAAUGCGGCAUUCGCUAUUGAUUCAACACCUGAAUUUUUUUUUUGGAGUACCACAACACCAAGACGGACCUACCGCCGCAUGGACAGGGAUCAAGCAAUCAAGUCUGGAGACGCCGUUGCAAAGCCGUCAUGGUCGCCACGUUACCUGCCUCCCGCCUGGCUGAUCUGCGGAGCCUAGAAACCCAUCGCCCGGCGGCAUGGGUAUGGUUGGUGAGCUCGAGGUUGCACGGAAUUCCAUCCUUGUCUCAAAAUCUUUACUUUCUCUAUCACAAUUUUCAUAUGACACGGGCUGGCCACGUGCUGACCACGAUGAAAACAGGAGGGUGUGGCAGAACAGCUGUGUCUAGACCUCAAAACGGCGUCUCCUGGGGAAUUAGCUGCGGUGUAUCGCGGCAAUAUCAACAAAAGUCGUCAACUCGAUCCCAAGGACAGUCACGCAGUUUCCUGCUGCUUGGCAUCGUUCAGGGAUUCAAGAUGCCCCAGGCUUGGCCUUGCCAGGGAGCCCACAGUUGUUUACACCCCCCACUCGGCCAAAUCCCCCCUGCCUGCCUGCCUGCCUGUCAGAACAAGCGUCUUAUGCAAUAAUCGUUGCGGGUCGUCCUGUCCUUUAAGCUGGAUAGCAAACAAUGCUACCGCUCAUACGGUCCGUUCCUACCGACAUGGCUAUUCUCACCCGAGGGCAACAAUCAAAAAGAUCACGGACAGGUCCCAUCAAGUGACGCGACCGCCCUGAUCUCUCACUCCCGUUUCCACUCACACUCCCCACGCUGCGGCGCCGUUCGGACAUCCCUGGUUGGACCUGGGUGCCUUGCUCUCACACGCCCGCCAUUGCUCGAGGACGUGACAUAUACAAGCGGUAUCUUUUGGCUGUGAUGUCUCCUCAAAGGUUCAUCAACCGAGUGUCCCCCCCUCCCACGGGGAUACCACCCCCCCAAGUCUGGUCCCUACUCCGUUUGUACUCCACGGACCUAACCUCUUCCUUGUAAUAACGCCCCAUGAGGUCCCCCAUUGAGCCGUUUUCGAUAUCUCACGGGUAAUGCUCGGGAAAGAGACUCGGCCAUCUUGAUCCCCUUGAGGGUGUUGCCCGACUUAUAUACGAUUCGGUGCUCCCUCUUUUGCAGUUUGUCCCAAGUGGGAAUAAACGAGGUAGACAGCCGUGCUGUGACUCUACUUUCUUCGACGCAUGAUACGAGCUUGAUCUUUCAUAAGUUCAAGCCUCGAUCCCCAAUCUCGAACCUCUCUCUCAUCUUUGUUCCACCCCCUUUCCCAGGCUGGCGUGGCUUCCGUCCCUUUCCCCAUUUGGUUCCAGAAGAGUGAAGAAGAAGAGAGCCAAGAUGACGACCAUCACGCCCGUGGGGAGCCUUGAAAUCAGCCCGGCCACCAGCCCAGGCAUUGAAGACCCCAAUGCCUCUCCCAUCGGCAGUGUCGAUAGCAAUGUGACCCCGGACACUGAGUUCUCACCGCCGGACAGCCCGUUUCGGCACCACGCUACCUUAGCUCCCGUCAAGGAGAAGCGGGAGCUGGCGAGGAAGAAACUUUCGACCUUGACCCUUGAGGAGAAGGUCUCCUUGCUAACCGCCGCAGACUUUUGGAGAACCAAGUCGAUUCCGGAGAAGAACAUUCCUGCAGUGAAGACCAGUGACGGGCCCAAUGGUGCUCGUGGUGGCAUUUUCGUGGGUGGAACAAAGGCAGCCCUCUUCCCCUGCGGCAUCUCGCUGGCAGCAACGUGGAACAAGGACAUCCUCCGUCAGGUCGGUCAGCACCUUGCUGAGGAGGCGAAGGCUCGUCAGGCCAACAUACUGCUUGCACCUACUGUGUGCAUGCACAGACACCCACUUGGUGGAAGGAACUUUGAAUCUUUCUCUGAAGACCCCCUUUUGACUGGCAAGCUUGCUGCUCAGUACAUUCAAGGUCUUCAGGAGAAUGGAGUGGCUGCUACCGUCAAGCAUCUAGACUUUGUUGGCAACGAACAGGAAACCCACCGGUUGACAAUCGACUCCAAGAUUGCUGAGAGGCCUCUUCGCGAGAUCUACCUCCGUCCCUUCGAGAUCGCGGUCCGCGAGGCCAAGCCAUGGGCUGUCAUGUCCUCAUACAAUCUGGUGAACGGUGUUCAUGCCGAUAUGAACGAGCAUCUCCUCAAAGAUAUUCUCCGUGGAGAAUGGCAAUUUGACGGAGCCGUCAUCUCGGACUGGGGCGGCACCAACUCUACGGCGGAAUCUGUCAAGCAUGGGUGUGACAUCGAGUUCCCCUACUCGACCAAAUGGCGCUUUGAAAAGGUGCUCGAGGCUAUCAAGGAUGGCAAGCUCACCGAGGCUGAUGUUGACCGAGCAGCCGAGAAUGUGCUUACCCUUGUCGAGCGCGUCAAGGGCAGCGAUAUGACUGCUGAAGCAGAGGAACGCGAGGAUGAUCGGCACGAGACAAGAGAGCUUAUCCGCGAGGCGGGCGUUCAGGGUCUUGCACUUCUCAAGAACGAGAGGUCUAUUCUGCCUAUCAACCCCAAGACGGCCAAGGUUGCUGUCAUUGGUCCUAACGCCAACAGGGCCAUCGCUGGCGGUGGUGGAAGCGCCAGUCUUAACCCUUACUACAACACCCUUCCCCUUGAUAGCAUCCGAAGGGUUGCUCAACAGCCUGUCACUUAUGCUCAGGGAUGUCACAUUCACAAGUGGCUCCCUGUGGCAUCUCCUUACUGCAGCGAUAGGACUGGGAAGCAGGGUGUGACAAUCGAGUGGUACAAGGGAGAUCAGUUCCAAGGCCAGCCUGUUGUCACCCAGAGGCGGAGCAACACUGACUUGUUCCUUUGGGAUUCGGCGCCUCUGGCUCAGGUUGGCCCGGAAUGGUCGGCUAUCGCCACGACCCAUCUCACGCCGACUACUACUGGCAAGCACACCAUCUCGUUCAUGUCUGUCGGCCCAGGCAAGCUCUUUGUCAAUGGUCGACUUGCGCUUGAUCUUUGGGACUGGACAGAGGAAGGGGAGGCCAUGUUUGAUGGGUCUGUCGACUAUCUCGUCGAGGUUCAGAUGGAGGCCGGCAGACCGGUGGAGCUUCGCGUCGAGAUGACCAACGAGCUCCGGCCUAUUGCCAAGCAAAAGCAGUUCAACAUGACGCACAAGUACGGUGGUUGUCGCAUCGGCUUCAAGGAGGAAGACCAGGUUGACUACCUCCAGGAAGCGGUCGAUGCUGCCAAGGCUGCCGAUGUCGCUGUUGUUAUCGUUGGUCUGGAUGCCGAGUGGGAGUCUGAGGGGUAUGAUCGUCAGACUAUGGACCUGCCUUCUGAUGGGAGCCAGGAUCGUCUUGUGGAGGCUAUUGUCAAAGCGAACCCGAACACAGUUGUGGUGAACCAGUCCGGGUCACCGGUGACGAUGCCUUGGGCUGAUAGGGUGCCUGCCAUUAUCCAGGCUUGGUAUCAGGGGCAGGAGGCGGGAAAUGCGCUGGCUGAUGCGCUGUUUGGGUUGAAGAAUCCUAGUGGGAAGUUGCCUUGCACCUUUCCCAAACGCCUCCAAGACACGCCCGCCUACCACAACUGGCCGGGCGAGAACCUCGAGGUCGUUUACGGCGAGGGUCUCUACAUUGGCUACCGGCACUACGACCGGACAAAGAUUGCUCCUUUGUUCCCCUUUGGUCACGGGUUGUCUUACACCACCUUUGAAUACGGGCGUCCCUCCCUCAGCUCCAAGGUCCUCACCCCCGACAACACCAUCGAGCUUACUGUCGCGGUUAGCAACAUCGGUGACGUUGCCGGGUUGGAGACGGUGCAGAUCUAUGUGAGGGAUGAGAAGAGCAGGUUGCCAAGGCCGGAGAAGGAGCUGGCGGCGUUUGAAAAGGUGGAGUUGGAGGCUGGGGAGACGAAGCAUUUGAGGAUAGGGCUGGAUAAGUAUGCGGUUGGGUAUUUCGACACGAGUUUGGGGAGGUGGAUUGCUGAGGAGGGGAGGUUUGAGGUGCUUGUGGCGGCGAGCGCGGAGGAUGUCAAGUACUCUGUUGGGUUUGAGGUCAAGGAGUCGUUUACUUGGAUGUUUUAGACGACCUCCUCGAGAAGUGGACUCUUUUCUUUUUCUCGGUUUCUUCUUUUUCGAUACCUUCUUUUCAGCAUUGCAUUAUUGCGAGAGAUUUUGUUUUUUUACUUUCUUUUUCUUCACUUUUUCAAAGGGCAUGGCACCGAUAACCCCUGGGAAGACUACCUACUAGGGGUCUCUGUUUGGUUUUUGCCAUGUAAUGGGAACAGGGAUGGAUGGAUAUGGGUUACAUCACUGGAUAGGUAGUUAUCGCUGCAGGACCUCCCUCCCCGACUGAUGAAGAAAAAGACGGAAGGAAGAUGCCUAAGGGCUGGUCUGGGUUGGAUAGUAUCCUGAAGCUUACCCACCAAUGUUGUUGUGUUACAUUCACU